AUGUUCACAAAAGUUAAAUGCAUUGACGAUAUAUGGUGUGAUAAAUCAUCUAAUAUCUACGUUUCGAUAGGAGCCAUUAUGGUCAUUCGGGAUUAUGACCCUUCGGGAUUUCGUACCAAACCCGUUUCGAUUAAGCUUGUAGUUAAUGUAACGCAAGAUUUUGAAAAUAUUAAUGUCAAUGCAACUUGA